CCUCCUGCGAAAACCCUAGAAGGUGGAAUGGGAGAGAAAUGGAGAAAUGUCGAUGACCCGAGAAAACGAAAAUAAUAAAGGAAUCUAACGGUCGCAAUGGCGCUUCCCGCGUACGCAGUGUUUCCUUCCAAUCCAAAAUUUCAGAUUAAACUGUUUAAAAAUCAGGGCUGUCAAAUCUAUAGGCAAUCGCAUGUAUAUCACCGAGCUUCCCCAAUGUGUUCUAUGAAAGUAAGAAUGACAUAUUUCAGUGAUCCUAAUAAGAUCAAGUCGCAAUUGAAUAUCGUAAGGGAGAGGUUAUGGGAGACUGCCCCGAGCACGGUCAAAACUUUUCCUUGGAAGAAAGCUGAAAAUAUACUGUUGGAACAAUUGCUAUUUCUUGGCAAGAAAGUAUUGAAGUGGGCCUUUAUUUCAUUCUUCAUUCUUAGUUCGAUAGCGGAUGUCAUAUUUUCCAUUGCUAGAAGCCAAGAAUUGAUGAUACCUAUAGGUCUCCUUGUCGGCUGCUUGAUGACUGACUUUUUGAAGGAGACAUUACAUGAACUGUUUCAUCGCUCAAAGGAGAAGAAUUCAGAAUCGCAACUUGUGGGCAUUAGUUGCUUCUUCAUCCUUGUUAAGUUUAUCUCUAGCUGUUUUUCUCUACGAAUGCAGGUAUUUCUCAUGCAUGUCGCAAAUGGUGGGUUGAUGCAAGUUUUGUGGUUGUGGAGAAAUUUAGUGCAGGAGAAUGAUAUGAACAGUGAAGAGAGUUCCUUAACCGGUCUGGAUACUUCACCAGCACCGGUUGCGGAAGAAUGAAUCCUAUGCUUUUCCUUACCACCUUGUAUUCAUAGCUUCAAAAUAACGAUUCUUCAUUAGCUUCAGUACAGCAGUACAAAUCCUAUGCAACAAUGCUGGCCGCCGCUUUUUAUUUGGAAGAUUUAAACAUACUCCUGAAUUUUGUAUGGUUUACCAGAAACUCACGAUAUUUGAGCCUUGCUAGAAUUACUUGUUACCUGAU